AUGUCAACCCACGACACGGAGGCGGUGGCGGCCAUCCCGAUAGCUGUGAUACGGCCUGGGAUCCGCCACUCCACCCUUUCCAUGGAGGCACGCGAACAGAACCACUUGGCUAUCGGGAUGAGCGGCGAGAAGUACUUGGUAGUGCAUCCAACGUACUCGCUGGCGCCGAACUUGUACAACCGCCGCAUGCUUAGUGCAGUGCUGUUGGUGCUGCUGGAGGUGGGCGUUUUCCUUCUCGUGUUUCUAGGCUUGUGCACGCCAUUCAUCACUGUGCACAAACGGAGAUAUUUCGCCAUGUUGGGCGGCCACGGCGGGUCCAUGACGGACCCGCCCGGCCGAAACGGAUCACUGAUUGCGUACUCGGUGUUGAUCAUCGUACUCUUCGUUUUUUCACUCAUCCUCUCUAUUGUCGUGGCGCUCUGCGUGCGAUGUGACCAGCGGGCGCGCGUGGGCGAAGAGUUGUUCAACCGGGAACUGCUGGUGCUGUACGGCGCGCAGGUGCACGAUGAUGGACGCGUGUACAGCGCUAGUGGUGAGCCGAGCGCUUUCAAGGACGAGGGUAUGUGGGGUCCGUGCUGCGGGUUCGAGGUGAAUGAGCGGUCACGACGGUCGCGAAACACGCGAUUCUCGUGCUUGCAGUGCUUCAUGUUAACCCUCAGCCUAAUCCUGCAGAGCGGCACUGUGUACAACAUGAGGUGGAUGCACAGUAUUGCCGUGGCGAGUGGCGAGACCGUCACAUAUGGGAAGGGCUUCUGCGAGACCCUCUUCGCGUUGGUAUUGAGAGUUCUUCAGCUUCUCUUUUACGGCUACAUGGCAUUCCAUAUGCUGUAUAUUGGUUCCCAUCGAAACAUGCCGCGCUGCCAGCUCAUUCAUGCGUCCCGUAGCCGCGCAGUCGAUAUACUUCCGACCCAAGACGAGGCCGCCAGCUCUGGUGACCAGCUUGCAAAAGCGAACUCGGCGACCGACUAUCUGUCCAAGCCGCGAUACAGCGCUGCCGACAGGGAGGGCGAUCGCGAGAUGGAGAUCAUUCCAAACUCGCAAACCACGCUGAACUCGUGCUCCUGA